CAGAGGAACAAUCUGAGGCAGAGAAAAGUUAGGUCGUUCAUUUCUGCUGAUCAUUGAUGGGUUUUAAAGGCUCUGCCAUGGACUUAAGUCUAGUCCUGGUAAGCCUUGUGUUUUUCUUCGGGCUGUGUGGAAUAUGUAGAGGAUCUGAAGAGGAGAACUGUACUGACUACAAACUCCAGUUUGAGAGGGUUUUCUCUGUUCCUGGAGAUGUGGCUAUGCUGAGAAGCACACUGGUCUCCUCAGAAGUCUUUGACUUCAAAACUGUCCCGUACAACAUCACGUGGUACAACUCGGUGUCAAGCCAAGAAAUCACCAGUCAGACUGGUCACAUCCUGGUGCACAAGGAGACUCUGUGGAUUCUAAAUGUAACCAUGAAUGACAGUGGGGAUUAUGUGACCAUACUGAGGACUCCUUCCCACUGCUACAGGCAGGCCAGCCGACUGGUGGUGGAGGAAAGAGCUACAGGAGAGUGUGGAAUGCCGAGGAAAGCUGAUCAGCUACUUACCAAAGGAGUCACUGACAAUCUGAGCUGCCCUCUGAGGAACGAAAUGAAUAAGCUGAACAGCUACAACAUCCCUUCCUCCAUCAAGUGGUACAGAGGUUGUGACCCCAUAGAGGACGGAACAGGCAGCUAUGGGUAUUGGGGCACCAAACUGAAAAUUACCAGUGUGGACCUUCAACACAAAGGCACCUAUACCUGUACUCUGACAUUCACCCUGGGUGGCAUCAAAGGGUCUCUAUCAGAGUCCAUUAACGCUGAGGUCAAAGGGGAUUACUCUUUGGUUCCACAAGUGCAUGAACCCUCAAAUGACGUAAUCAAAGCACAGAGAGGGUACAACUUCAGUAAAAGGUGCCUGGUGUUUGUGCCGGGUGUCUGGAAGCCUUUUGUUGAUAUUUAUUGGUUGGACAAAGAUGGAUUCUUUGAGACAAAUCCCUCUCACCGUGUCCACAUGUUAGAACAGCGUUUGCUGCCCCAAGAUGGCUCCAGCAAAGGUGCGUGGUUAGAGACCUGGCUGAUAUUUUCUGAGCUGAAGGAGGAGGACUUCUACAUAAACUACACCUGCCGUGCGUACAGUGACAGGGGCUUUCCUGAAGGAUAUUUCAGUCUGCAACCAGCAGAUUCAAACAUCAUCGUUGUGAUUGGAUCUGUACUCGGUGGUGUGAUGGUUGUCCUUAUUAUCACUUUCAUUGUCUACUAUAUUUCUAAGAUCAAUGGUGUGCUGUGAUUCAGACUAGCAUUCCCAGUCCUCUUUAUCAAACACAGGGUUACCAGGGUGUCCAAAGGCUGCCAGAUUGAGUUGAGGCUAAUUGUUGAUGCAAUAACAGAAGAAGAUGAGAAGUGGGAGUUAAAAUGUGUCACUCAGAACAAAGGAGGAAGACGAGAAGUGUUAAGUUAUAUAUAUAUAUAUUUUUUUGUCUGUUGAGACCACCUCAACAAACCAAAGACGGGACAACUAAACCUUGAUAUGUAAAAACUCUAAUCUACCUUUGCGUCUCUGUCUACAGACUCCACCUUUACAUGGGUGGUUGUGGCUGCAGGGGCUGUGAUCUCAUUCCUCACAGUGGUCUCUGUCUUUCUCUAUGUCCUCUUCAAACCUAGAAGGAAAAAGAACAGGGAUUACUUUCUGGCUCAGCAGAGCAGCACCUUCUAGCUCUGACGCUGUGCACGCUCCCUCAUCAGAGACCUCCUUUUAAACUUUACCUUUUACAUCAAAUUGUCUUUUUAUACAUUAUUUCCGUGUGAUAUCCAGGAGCAGCACCACGUCUUUUUUAGAGUUGCCUGUAAAAUCCACUGCUAAAGACUGCUAAUCAGCAAAUGAAUAACUUUAUGUUUGUUAUUGAUGUUAUAGUUUGCAGUGGGGAUUUGCUGAAAUGAAUUAAACAACUACC